CAAAGUUUCACAAGUUUUCAAAGUAAAAAAAAGUUUUUCUUGGUUUUUCGUUGAUAUUUUACGAUAAAUGUGGUAAACGGUAAACCUAAACAAAAACAAUGAAAGUUAAAGUAAUUAGCCGUUCCGCUGACGACUAUUUACGUGAGAAAAAAACCGAUAUACAUAAAGUUUUCAGAAACUACGACCCUGCAUUGCACCCGUUCGAAGCAGCGAGAGAAUACACCCGUGCCCUAAAUGCAGUUAAACUCGAAAAAGUCUUUGCGAAACCAUUCUUGGGCAAUUUAGAUGGUCACAGAGACAGUGUCUCGUGUAUAGCGAAACACCCGAAACGCCUCUCAACCAUUGUUAGUGGAGCGUUCGACGGUGAAGUAAGAGUAUGGGACAUUCCUCAAAGAACUUGUGAGAGGGAGUUUGUGGCCCAUAAUGGUAUAGUUAGAGGUAUUGUUUAUACUCCAAAAGGUGAACAUUUUAUUACUGUUGGUGAUGAUAAAACUAUUAAGACUUGGAAAGCUUUGACGCCGCAGUUUGGCGAAGAUGAUGCACCAAUAAAUACAGUUUUAAGUAAAAGUGUUAUCACUUCAAUAAGCCAUCACAGAAAGAGUCCAAUUUUUGCUACUACAGGAGAAAUAGUUCAAUUAUGGGAAGAGUCCAGAAAUGAGCCGUUGCGCACCUAUCAAUGGGGCGUUGACAGUCUUCACGAUGUAGCCUUUAAUAUGGUUGAACAGAAUGUUUUUGGGGCUUGUGCUAGUGAUAGAAGCAUUAUUUUAUACGACAUGAGAGAUCAUGGGCCUUUGAGGAAAGUCGUUAUGAAAUUAAGGCCCAAUAAGUUAGCAUGGAAUCCUAUGGAAGCAUUUACCUUCACUGUUGCAAGCGAGGACUACAAUCUUUAUACAUUUGAUACAAGAAACCUGAAAAAACCUGUUAACAUUCACAUGGAUCAUGUGGAAGCUGUAACUUUUGUUGACUACUCACCAACAGGAAAGGAAUUUGUGUCAGGCAGUUAUGAUAAAACAAUAAGAAUUUUUGAUGGCGGACAUGGACAUUCAAGAGAAGUUUAUCAUACUAAGAGAAUGCAAAGGUUGACUUGUGUAAAUUGGACUCUGGAUAACAAGUUUAUCAUUAGCGGUUCAGAUGAGAUGAAUAUUAGGAUUUGGAAGGCUAGGGCUUCAGAAAAAUUAGGACCUUUGAGACCAAGAGAAAGAACUGCUUUGAGAUACGCUGAAGCAUUGAAAGAAAAAUUCGCUAGUCAUCCUCAAAUUAAACGGAUCAGCAGGCACAGGCAUGUGCCAAGGCAUAUUUACAAUGCUCAAAGGGAGUUGAGGACGAUUAAAGAUAAGCAGAAGAAGAAGGAGAGCAACAAGAGGGCGCACUCCAAGAAAGGUGAAGUGCCUUACCAGCCGGAGAGAGAGAAACAUAUUAUUAAAGAAGUUCAUUGAGAAUAAUUCUAAUAAAAUCUGGUUAUUUUGUAAUAAUAAUUAUUUUGUGUUUUGAUUUUGAACAAUUUUUAAUAUUACCACUUUUGACAGGGGUGCAAGAAAGUUUCCUAAUACAGCAUACAUUUAUCAGUUGUAAUUCAUGAGCUGCAUAUUAGGUAUACUAUUCUGAAUUACAUAUUCCAUUAAAUUUAC